GUUCAAAACACAGAGCCGACGGCUGAGGUCUCUCUACAACGUUGUUGCUGUAACGUGAAUCUGCUGAAAAAGACCAAAAGGAAGUUUGGAAGCGGUAGGAAAAAACACCAUUCGGUAGAUCGUCCGUUUUAUUUUGGCAUCUAGUUGUUUUAAUUUCCACAAUGGCAGAAGGAGGAGAUGUGGAAUGGGAGCUCAGCAAAGAAAACAUCCAGCCACUGAGGCGGGGCAGAGCCAUAUCAGCCUUACAUCAGGCGCUCAGUCAACAGCAGGAUGGACUCACCUCUGCCAUCAACCAGCAGAGACAGGCCUUUGAGUCUGAACUGCGAACAUAUGAUGGAGAUGAUCCACUUGAUGUUUGGGAUCGGUAUAUUAAGUGGACAGAGCAAACGUUCCCUCAGGGAGGAAAGGAGAGCAAUCUUGCCACGCUGUUGGAACGAGUCGCAACCAGAUUCACAGAGGAAAAGAAAUAUCACAACGACCCACGCUAUGUUGAACUCUGGAUCAAAUUUGCAGACAACUGCCCCGAGCCCUUGGACAUUUACAGGUACAUGCAAGCACAAGACAUAGGGGUGACACAAGCAUCCUUCUACAUCGCUUGGUCUGAGGAAUAUGAGAACCAGGGCAACUCUCGCAAAGCAGACCUGGUCUACCAGGAAGGAUUCAAGAAAUGUGCUGAGCCGCAUGAUAAACUCCUACAGUUUCAUAAGGCUUUGCAGGCUCGUGUGUCCAGACAGGUAAUGAUGAAUGUGGACCAGGACAAUAGCGAUGAUGAGCCCAAACAACCUGAGAGGGUUUCGUUAGCUGACCUCAAACCUAGAGGGAAGAAAAAGGCUAUUGCCCCCAUCAACAGAUCUGGGACUGCAAUCAGAAAUAUUUCUGGAGGCCUGCAGUCACAAGGUGCCUCAAUCCUUGGCAAUGUUUCAAACAGUCGGAUGGUGAUCUUUGAUGAGAACAAGAUUUCAAAUGAUGACCUGUUGGAGCCUAAGUUAGAGUCAUGGGUGGCCCCUCCGACCGCCAAAGCAAAGGAAAAUGAAAGGAGGCCUGAAAGAUGGUGUGAUGUGAAGAUGCCCCAGAAGACCAAAUUCGGACAUACUGUUAUGGCUCCACCACCCCCCAAACCCACCUUCCAACCAUUUGUUGAGGAGACAGACCAGCCUCCAACAAUGACUCCAUGUAAGAUCAACCCGGCAGUGAACACAGUUUUAUCAUCACGUAAGCCCUGCAGAGAGGAAACUCCUCUAAAGAGACUACAGGAGCACCACCAGCAACAGAAGGAAGCAGAGUCAGGAAAACCUCAGGAGCAGAGCAUGUACUGUAAAGAGCUGCUGCUCAGCGGCGCCACUGAGUUCUGCUUUGAGGAACUGCGAGCGGAACGCUUCUUCAAAAAGAUGGCACAGGAAUCACAGGAGGCCAGAGGCCAAAAGGAUCAAGCUGGUGCCAGUGCUUCAAACUGAUGAAUCUAAGAAGACUGAUGGUUUGAUAGUUCUUUUAUGUGGAUUCUUACCUUCUUUAGACAGGAUUUAUCUGCAAGUAUCAUGUCACUACUGUUACGUGUUGUUUGUUAUCCUGCUGUAAAUAUUUUGUUCAUAGAGAUCGAGGUUCUCAGAAAAGUGAAAAGACAAAGGGGUAAAGCUUUGUAGAAACCCAAUGAACUGAAGACACAGUAUUUGAGUUGUUUUUGAUUCAUUAAAAUACAACAGGUGGACGAAAUAACGGCAACACCUGCACAGUGUAAUUUAAUUCAGUACAAAAUACUGAACUGACAAUAGCAUGGAAUACACAACUACACAAUUUCAACAAACAAUAUAAACAGCAUAGGCUUCAUAGUAGUAUUUAAAGGGCUACUGGAUUGUGUCUGUGUUCACUCUGUAAAUACUAAACAUGUUCAGUCUGUUCAGCAGAAAUUCUUCUCACACGUACUCCCAGUUUCACUCUGUCAAGUUUUUCCUUUUUUCUUUAUUCCACUGAACAGUGUCUUUUUUUUAUGUGUGCCGCCUUUUUAACUUGAUUUGUUCCGAGCUUCUUGAGCAGAUGAUCCAGGACAAUUCCAGCACAUUCGAAAGAAGGCUUCAAUGAGGUGAUUCAACUGGGUUUUACUUCUCAGCCUGAUUGAACUGUGCCUUCAAG